CGCUUUGGACACGGAAUAGUUUGGAACGCAACUGAGAUCGAGAAACUGUAGAGAGAGGUUCUUGCCAAGGGAAAAAAAAAAAAUUAGAACUGGCGUGCUUAAUGGAUUAACAUGCUUGUGAUGGUUCUAGUCUAAAGAAUGUCGGCAGUUCAUUGGACUGAACAAAUUGAUAUGUUCUAUAGUUCCAACCGGUUACGAAAACACUAGACGUGGCCCUGUCCGUGAUGCAUCUGGGGCUUGCACAUCUGUUUGCUAUAUUGUUACAAACGGCUUAAACGUACAUCCAAUAUUUCUUUGCAGCAGCGGAUGAGUGAAGCCACACCGAUAACCUCAACCGAUCAACAAAAAAUUGCGGUUGGAAAGGUUGGAAAUCAAACGGUUGGAAAUCCAAAGACUUAUUGGGCAGUAUGCGUUCAUUUUCUUUUCAAGUACUUGUCAUCCUUACAACAUUUGGAGGACUUUGUUCAGUGAUAGCUAAGAGUGUAUCACAAGGAACAAGUUCAAAAGAUGAAGCAAGCUGUGAAUUCGAGGAGACCGCCCACCCAGUGAACUCCACGUUUAUCUCGACCGACUGUUCUGUGUGUUAUUGUGAGAUAGAAAUGGGUUGGACUAAGGUGAGCUGUAUACCAACCUGCCCUUCUUCACCCGUUAAAUGUCCUCCCGGAAGUACCAUGGAAGAGAAAGAACACCCAGUCAAUGCGGGAGGUAGCCGCUGUAUUUGUAGGAGGAAAUUCUGUAUCCCGAAAAAAGUUUCCAAGCCACAGUUCUGUUACUUUGGUGGUCGACGAUUCAGGCGCGGUCGUGUUUUUAUUACGAAAGACUGCACGCUCAAGUGUCGCUGCAAAAAGAACGGGAAAACGCGAUGUACGCCGUUGUGUAAGAAGAAACCAGACCCAGAGUGCGGCCCUGAUGAAACAUUGAAAAACGUUACUGAAUUGUCCGCUAGGGGAAGAUGCGCAUGUGAGACAAAGAAAUGUAUGCCGAACUUUGCAAACGUAGAAAACGUCUGGGUAAAUAAAUUGAGUCGUCUUGAAAGCAGGAAUACCUGAGAAGCACAGAGCAGUACAUACACAUUGCAAUAACUCGAUUAAGAGUUAGUGCCAUACCAUUAAUUAAGGACCCUGCAACGAAGCCAAAUUCAUAAUUUCUUGACACGUUUUCAUAUGGUACCAUACGCACGCCUCUGUCCGAUAUUAAAGAAGCAAAGCAAGAUUACCUGAUAUCCGAAAACAUUCGUAUAAUCAACUUUAAAGAAUAUCUCUGAUGUAACACUUGGCUUAUUCUCCCAUGGCGAAGACUGAUGCUGAGAAGAAAAGAGAUGAUGAUAAUUUUUUGGACAAAUUCAGCUUUGUCUUGCACCAAAAAAUUGAAAGAUUAGGCAAUCAUUAGCUUAGGAUAGAAAAGAAAUUUUUUUAAGUAACUCCAAGUUCAUUUAAAAAGGACUUAACAUGUUGUUGCGGUGUACUAUAUUAUUUAGAAGCCCUAUAAUCGUUUUCAUGAGAACUCAAAGGAAUGAAUCAAAAGGGAUGCCGUCGGUUUGUUUAUAUGUCAGCGUUAACACUGUGUUACACGUGAUAAGUCUCAUUACGUAAUCAAAUGAACUAAAAAGUGCUUUUACGUUAUGCAUCAUGAGGAUAGCUCAAGGAUAAAUGGCCCUUCUCGCCCAAAGGCACAGAGGUGGGUGCAUAAGGCACCCCUCGCGUAAAAAGCUGCCAUUUGAGUGCAGUCUUAGAAUAUCUUAGGUAAAAUUGAGCUGAAUGCAUGCGUUUUAGCAUUCCCAAUUACUUCUUCUUAGGCAGUCUAUGUAUGCUAUACAUCUUGUAGAUAGAUGAUUCCUUUGAGGGAACAAUCCUAAUAAUAAUGUCCAUUUAUUGGGAUUGAGCUUCAGUAACAAAAGCAUUAAUCGAUACUUGUUUUUGUUCUUGAAGUUAUACAUUCCUAUACCUCUUACUGUUGUGUUAUCAGGCGCGAAAUACGCAGAGAGAAGGAGAAAAGAAAACACUUACAAUCGUCGUAUGUUAUGUGGAAAAAAAUGUUGACGAACAAACGUUUUUCAACUCGUCAAUUUAGAACACUUAAAUUUAAUGAUACAUAGCUAAAAUGUGACUGACUUAGUGUCUAGAAAACACUUGCAUCUUUACCAAAACAUGCAAUGUCAUCUAGGCGUUGCAUCAAUAUAGUUUGACCCACUGCAAAGUAGCACAAGUGGUUGGAAUAUACUGUUAUCAUAACUUAAAUAAAAGUUUUGAAACUU